GUCUAAGUACCAGCGAAACAUGUGUAGAGUUGCCUUUUGAAACCGUAACGCCAGGAAAUCUUGGCGAAGGCGAAGUCUGUCUCCCCAAAUCUCUCUUCAUCCUCCUUAUAUCGGGAUCAAGCUCAAAAAGACAUCAUCAUGAGGAUGCUUUCAAGAUUCAUCCUUCUGCUUUUGCUGGUUUUGCCGUCUACACUGCUUUUGACAAGCAAUGGUGCUCUAGCUGCCAAAGACCAGCAGGAGGCUCGUGACAACCUUGAAGACAUCUUGGAUGGGGAGGAGAUAGACGAGGAGGAGGAGGAAGAAGAAGAAGAUGGACAGGUCGAGACAGAGGAAGAAGAAGAAGAGGGGACAGCUGUAGAAGCGGGAGAGGAGGAAGAGGAAGAAGAAGAGGAACCCCCACUGAAGGCAUCUCCAGAUGCUGACACUACCUUCCUCUUCACCACCAACGGAGAGAAAGAAAUCCCGGUGACGAUCCCAUUGCAAGUCUUGGUUGGAUUCACAAACAAUGGCCAACAAGAUUUCACAAUUGAAAGUCUGCAUGCAACUCUACGGUACCCACAGGACUUCUCAUUUUACAUCUACAAUUUCACGGAGAAAGAAUACAACACAGUAGUAGAACCCAACAAGGAGGCCACGUUUGAAUAUUCAUUCCAAGCAGGAGAAGUCUUUGCUGCCCGUCAGUUUGGAUUCGUCUUUGAGCUUGCAUACAAAGAUUCAGAAGGAAACCUUUAUUCAGAUGCCGUUUUUAAUGACACAGUAACUCUUGUUGAAUUAGAUGAAGGUCUAGACACAGAAACAUUUUUCCUGUAUGUGUUCCUAGCAGCAUUAGUUGUGCUUGCUUUCGUUGUCGUACAACAAGUCAUGGCAUCCUUUGGAGUGAGCAAAAAGAAGAAGACUUCAAAACAAGUUGUUGAGACUGGUACAUCAAACCACACAGAUGUAGACUAUGAUUGGAUUCCCAAGGAGAAUAUAGCAAGUAAAAAAAACACCUUCACCUCGCAGAUCUCCGAGGAGACGCACAAAGAGAUCCGGAGGAUCCGGAGACGAGUAAACAAUAAUCUAGAUUCCAAAGUAGAACAAAAAUUAGAUAAAAUAAUAAGGAUAACAAUUAGAAGACACCCUGACAUAAACCAAUCAAGGUCUAGUAGCAUUCCACCCAUAUUUGACUCCACCAAGAUUUCUCAAACUGGAUAAUCAAAACUAAUAAUAGCAUUUGAAAGUUUGAACAUCUCUUGCAAAAUAAAUAAAAGGAUUUUUUGUGUGUAAAAAAUUGGAAUACAAAACUAUGGUAUGUGAUGUGUGUUUACUGUGUCAUGUUGUGAGCAAUUGUGUGUGGACUCUGAUGUGCGUAUGAUUAGCCUUUCACAUUUCCUUGCUUUCAGAGAACCAGUAAUUAAACCUUGAUGAUAGAGUGUAUGUGGUUUUCAAAGAAAGCUCUUUGAAUUUUCCUCCCCAUCUCCAUAUUGAGCCUAUAUGUCUUCACAUCAUCACUGGUUGUAUAUACAAAGAGUUAUACAAAUUGAAGAACCUCUCUAAAUAGGAAAUAUACACUCUCCACUUUCCUAGUUAACACUACUUGUGGUCUGCACGACUCAAAUAUCUGAUUACAAAUUUUCCUAAGAUUUAGUAUUAUUUUAGUUCUCUUAUGCCAAAGAGAAAGAGUAUACAAGUAGUCUGUAAAUGAAAGUUUAUUUUACCAACUUGUAGUUCUGUCUUCUUGAAUGAUAGAAAAUCCCAGAUAACUAUUUUGGAGGUGACGGGUAGAGAGGAUCAAGCAACUUCAAAUAUAUACUCUAAAAAUUGCAAUAUGCAUUUGAAAUAUGCAAUGCUGUUCAUUUUUUCUCUCGGGGGCUAACAAGUAAAGAAUUAUUAGAUAGAAAUGAAUAAUGAUAAUUACUGCGCAAGUAUACAUGUAUUUCAUUAUUGUGAGUGUGAAUAGUCGUGACGCUAUUCUCGAUAUCGUAAUCAUGUAAAUUCCAUUACUUGUAUUGUGGUCUUAUUCUUGGUGUUGGUUAUUUUUUCUUUUCAAGUAUUUAAAUUCUAAAUUCCUUCCGUUUUCUUUUUGUCUAGCAUACAAUGCAGUUAGAACAUGUGAUUUGUCCAACUAAAUGUAUUUCUGAUUUCCUUAAUAAUUCUAUUGUGUAAUGCUAUGAAAUAUACCAUUUCAUUACGAACUAAUUUUCUUCUUUACUUUUUUGUCAUGUAAAUACAUGUGUACAUCUCUAUGUCUCGUUAAUUAAAUUCAUUCCUUUUUAGUUUAUUUCUUGUAGAUAUAGUUAUUGGAAGAAAAAAAAAUCUAUCUUGCCUAAGAGCAAAUUUUCAAACUUAUAUUUUUGUGUGAAAAAUUCAAUACUUUAAAAAAUAGUUUGAGAAAAAUUGAUAUAUCUAUUUGAAAAUACGGAGAACACAUAAAGAAUUCAAGCAAGGAGAAUUAUUAUGGGAUUUUUAUUAAAUUAUUGACAAUGCAGAUAUUUAGCAGUAUUACUAGUAUAAUUCUUAGGAGAUUAGGGGGUCUUUCUCUUUGAUGUAGAACAUUUUGGAAGUAGAUAAGUUCGUAGAGUAAAAAAUGAGCGCUAGUUGAAACAAAUGGAUUUUGUGGAUUGUUCAAAUAAUGUGAAGCAUAUGUCAAAUUCUCUGCAUUUUUGUUUGUUAAAGCUCCAUGUUUGUUUUUCAACUCUGCCUUAUUUAGAUUUAAUCGAACAGGGAAGAGUGCAAAUGUAAAACUUGAAUUCUUUUCUUCUUCUUCAUCAUCUUUUUUGCAUUAUCUUUUUGCAUCAUCUAGCCCAAACUGGAAAGAUUUCAGGGCAAAUGUUCAUAAAAAAGAGGGAGGGUUUUUUAAUUUCAAACUUCUAGACUAAACUGCCAUUUGAAUUGUAAAUUACUUGAUUACAGUGGACAUAUUUAAUCAAGUACCUGAGAUACAAUAAAGCUGAUUGAAGUGGCCUGAAAGAGAAUUUACAUUUAAAAGACUAAAUAUAUAUAUAUAUAUAUUUUCUGUAAAAACAACUGGCAGAACCAAAUUAAACCCAAAUUAUCUUCUUGGUGAACAGGAAUGCAAGGACUUGUAUUUUAAGGGUAUGACAUGGGCAUAUUUUUGUUGAAUUGCCGAAUACUUUAGUCAAUUUUCAUUUGAAUAAACAAUACUUGCUGGUGUGUUUGAUAUAUCAAUCAAAUUUCUAAGAUAUUAAAGAAAAAAAGAAAACAACCAA